AUGGGCGGGGAUCCAUCUAGAAGGAAUCAAAGUCUUUACUGCACUUAUCAUCGAGAUAGGGGUCACACCACUGAACAAUGCCAGGUAUUAAAAGACCAUCUCGGGCAGCUAGUCAAGGCCGGACACUUAAAGGAUUUCGUGCUAAACUCGGGGGACAGAGUAGUAGGGCAUGAUAUCCGGCAAAGGGGAAACCCUCUCCCACCCCCUGUGGGGAUAAUUGAAGUAAUCCAUGUUGCGCCGGAGAAACUCAUUGUAGGAAGAAGAAAAGGAAUGUUAACAGUAGUGCCGGUAGAAGGUAACCUGGGUCUACAGUCGCCAGGUAAAAAGAUGAAGUUUGCACGGGAGCCUGUCUCGUUUGACGAUGGUGAUCUAGAGGGGACAAUUCAGCCACAUGAUGACGCGUUAGUGGUCACGGCCAGGAUAAAUGGCUUCUUAGUAAAAAGGGUAAUGAUAGACUAG